UCCUCUCCUAUCCAUCCAUAUAUUUUAACCCAAAUUACACCCCCAAUCCCACACUCUUUGAUCCCAUCCUGUCUUAAUCUCCCCAACAUCUCUCCAUUCAUUUUCAUUACCCGUGGCAGCUAGUUAUCUAGCAAGGCAUUUGAUAUAUCUGCCAAAAACAUAGUAUUAUUAGUAUUUGGUUUUCAAAUUCCUUCAGUAAAAAACGGUGGAUCGAAGGCAUGGAAAACGGCCGCUUCCACCCGAAACAUCGGAGGAGAAAAGCAAAGGACGCGAUGACUUUGGAGCUGCAGCUGCAACUUCUUGGCCUGAAUCCGCGGAUAUGACAGCCAUGGUUACAGUUCUCACUCAAGUGAUGGGAAGCGAUGAGCAGCUUAGUUUCCCACAAUCAUCUGCCUCAUCAGCACACUCUGCGGUGAAACAAGACCCUGACCCUCCUCAACUUGCAGUUCAAGAUCAAGAAACUACAAGGAGAAGACAUUAUAGAGGAGUGAGGCAAAGGCCAUGGGGCAAAUGGGCAGCUGAAAUUCGUGACCCAAAGAAAGCAGCCCGAGUGUGGCUUGGCACUUUUGACACAGCUGAGGAUGCAGCCCUUGCAUACGAUAGAGCUGCUCUCAAGUUCAAAGGAACCAAGGCAAAACUAAAUUUUCCUGAACGAGUUCAAGGUAAUACGGAGGUAAGCUAUUUAACGGGUUCCGGAGAUUCAAGCACCGUUCGUUCCGAACAAAAUCCUACGCCUGUAGUUCCACCUUCACCUUGGUCUCAGGAUUCAUAUCCCCACUUGUUUCAAUAUGCACAACUACUUUCAAGUAGUAAUGAUGCUGAUAUCUCCUAUUACACUUCAAAUCUCUUCAAUCAAGAACCUUUGUCUCCACAAUUUGCUUCAAUGUCAGCAUCAUCCACCAUCUCAUCACAGCACUACCAUCAAGACCUGACAAGAUCUUCAACCAAGCAUGAGAGCUCUUCAGGUUCUGAUUAUCCGGAGCAAUAUGGAAGGGACUUUGAUCCAAGUAACAGAAGCGAGUAGACAAUAUUAUAGUAGCUUUACAAGUUCUUAAUCAAGAGAGCAUUGAAAAAUCUACUAUAUACAUGGUAAAAUUUAAUAACAAUGUCGCAAGCGCUUCCAUUUCUUACUUCCAAGCCCCUCGCCCCCUCCUUUUUAUGCUCUUAUAACUUUCCCAUCACAUGAUUUCGACUGGUGGCACUCUUUGCAAAAGAAUUAUUUACACUGUAAUUCUACUAAGUGGGAAGUGCAUAAUUCAUUUUCCCAGCACCUUAAUUUUUUAAGUUUUAUGAUUUUUUUUUUUUUUUGCUUCUAUUGUUUUCGAAAGCUAGAGAUCUUUACAUUGAUGAGUUUGAUAGAAGGAAGCAACAAGUAGAAAGACAUUAUAUUUACAUAUAUAUAUAUAUAUAUAUAUAUAUAUAUGUCUGCUUCCAAAUAAUUUUUGGCGACUGGGAGCUCUCGUCUAGUUCUGCUUGGCCUUGUUUCCUUCUUUGUUUUCUACCGUAAAUGGAAAGCUUGGAUAAACAAUUGAGCAUGUUAGCUGAUCUUAUUUCGAUAUUUGGGUUUGCUUUUAAUGUCAUUUUCAAGUUUUUUUCCAAAUCACUUGUAGUUAUUAUGCUUCUUACUAGAAACAGUGAUGAUGUCAGUACUGCCCUUUAUCACUCUUGUGAUUUGAUAUAUAUUGUCUAAUGCGAAUGCAAUGAGUUUAUCUAUGUCUAGA